AUGUAUGUGGUGGAUGCUGAGUGUUUCGCGGGCGCCUCCGGGCAGGAGAUCGCCGACCGCUUCCCGCAGUGUAUCCAGCUGAGUGAGUUCACCACCAAGCUGAUGGUGGCGGAGAUCCGGCGGCGUGCCUUCAACGAGAACACAGCACUGGCCAGCUGCGAGAUCAUCAGCUACCUGGAGCUGGGCGGCGCCGAGGAGACUUCCAGUGGCUGGACGCUGCUCAACACGCUCACCCUGCUGAGCUCGGCCGGACCCUCCGUCGUUCAGGCGAUGGUGGCCGCCGCCCUGCCGUCCACGCUGGUCAAGUGUCUGUACCUGUUCUUCGACCUGCCCGAGCUGGGCACGGACGUGGCCGCCGGCACCGAGGUCACGCCCCACGAGAGUCGCGCCCUCCUGCAGAAGGUGUUUGUCCAGCUGAUGAGCCGGCUGUGCAGCAGCGCUUGUGCGGCGGGACGGAGCUGGCGCGCCGCGACGAUCUGA